CCGGCCUCCUUCUCCGCCUCCGGGCAAGAUGCAUGGCUCGCUUCCCCUCUGGCAGCUGCGACCCUGCCACGGGGCAAUCUCAUGGCCUGGUGGACCGAAGGCCGUGAACCUGUAUUGCACCCCGAGGAGGUCGGGAUUGGGCCGCCGUUCUCUUUCCUUGGACUACUUUCCUGCUCCUCUGCCUGCUCGGUCACACUACUCCUCUCCCUGCCCCCCGACACUUAAUUGCAUUACUAAUUGUUUUUAUUCUGGGACGAAGUCCAGUGACUCAUUGGCUGUAGCCGAAGUGAGGCUAAGUGGCGGCGGGGCGGGGCUGUCCUCGCGCCGAUGAGAGCCCACGCCCCCUCCCGCUGGCUGCAAAAUCCAAGGCGGGGAGUGGACGUUCUCCUUCUCUGGCUGCUCUGACCCGGGCAGACUUUUAGGAAUCCCCGGUGCUGGAAGAGCCAGAGCGGUCAGCCUGGAGAGAGCAGCAGCAGCAGCAGCAGCUAGGCAGAAGGAGAGCUGAGCGUCGCGGGGCUGGAUGGCCCUGGUUGAGGGCGGCUGGUGCCUGCGGAAGCGCCGCGGCCUCGACGACUCGCCGUGCCCCUUGGCGUCCACUGAGCUGCCUUGCCCUUCGCCGUCGUCGCCCUCCUCGCCCUCGGGCUGCUCCCCGGGCGGAGGCGGAGGCGGAGGUCCGUCCCGGAGUAUCAAGCCGGAGCCCGGCGCGCUGCAGGCCUCGCAGCCUCUGUGCCUCCCCGAGAGCAGGGCCUUGCUGGGGCCCUUCGUGUCUGUGUCCGCGGGGGCGGCGGCGCCCAACUGGGAAGAACUCUACCUCUUCACCGACCUGGACCAGGCCAACAAGCUGAUUUGGCCCAACCGCGCCUCGGCCAAGCAGAACCCGGAGACGCCGCAGCAGCAGCCGCCGCCGCCGCUGCCCGUCGAGGAAAUGUACCACCACCCGCACGCCCAUCACCACCACCCACACCACCACUCGCAGGGCCUGCAGGGCAGCGCCUACGACGGCUCGUCUCCCAGCAGCGGCGGAGGUGGCUUCGUGCCCUCCACAGCCGGAUCGCCCGUCUACGUGCCCACCACUCGCGUAGGCCCCAUGCUGCCUUACCUGCAGAGUCCCGCGGGCACCGGUCAGGGCGGCGGGCACUCGCCGUGGGCCCCCCAGGCGGCCCCCGAAAGCCCGUCUUCGUCCUAUGGCGCCGCCGGCGCAGGAUGCACCCACCCAGCUUCGGGACGCUAUGCCUACCCUACCAGCAGCCCGCCGGCCACCAACGGCGCCUCCCGGGAGUCCUCCGCCUACAGUCCCCGCGAGCAGUUCCGGCCUCUGAACGGAUCCUACUACGGGCCCUACGUGGGCACCCAGUUCGGCACUCCGGGCUGGGGCAACCCCUUCGACAACUCCAUGCUGCACUGUCUCCCCAGCCGCGCCGCCCCGCUCCCGGUCCGGCCGCCCAACGCAGAUCUCCUGGAUGAUCUGUCUGAGAGCCGGGAAUGUGUCAACUGUGGCUCCUUCCAGACCCCCCUGUGGAGACGAGAUGGCACUGGCAACUAUUUGUGCAACGCUUGUGGGCUCUACACCAAGAUGAAUGGCCUCAGCAGGCCCCUAAUCAAGCCCCAGAAGAGAGUGCCCUCUUCAAGACGACUGGGCUUGUCUUGUGCGAACUGUCACACCACAACCACCACCCUCUGGCGCAGAAAUGCUGAAGGAGAGCCUGUGUGCAAUGCUUGUGGCCUUUACAUGAAACUUCACGGGGUGCCUCGACCCCUUGCAAUGAAAAAAGAGGGAAUUCAAACCAGGAAACGAAAACCAAAGAACAUAGCAAAGACAAAAUCAUGCUCUGGUAAUAAUAAUAAUAAUGCAGUUCCUAUGACUCCAACUUCCACAUCUUCUACAAACUCGGAUGACGGUAGCAAAACUGCUUCCCCUAGCACACAAACCACAGCCUCAGGGGCAGUCUCUUCUGUGAUGUCUGGCCAGGGAGAGAGCCCCAGUCCUGAGACUAGCACACUCAGGUAUUCAGGUCAGGAAAGGCUGUAUCCAGGAGUCAGCCUGACCUCCACCGCAGAAGUUACAGCCUCUGUGAGACAGGAUUCCUCCUGGUGUGCCUUGGCUCUAGCAUGAGUUGCUGAUGAUGGAGCGAGAUACUUGCCCUGGGCUGCAACCACCUACAUUGUGUUGUGUGUUUUUGUUUUGUGUUUGUUUGUAUCAAGCAACCCAAGAAACAAUGCUGGUCAGGAUAUUCCUUACCAGUCAUAUCUGUGCCUUGAUUUUAGAGUUGUUUCCUCCUGGUGGUCUCUGUUUUAUUGUCCAGGUCCUCAACUAUGCAAGAGAGUCAAGGGAGCAUGAACCACUUCUGUUAACUCAAUAGCCACAAGAGUGCCCAACUACACUACUGACAAACCACAGAAGUAGAUCUUCUUCGCCAUAACUACCAGUGCAACCUUGUGCAUUUGUGGAUUGUGGAUUUGUGUUCACUCCCAUUUGACCAACAUCCAGGAUCUGAUUGGUGUUGACACUUUUAUAGACUAAGAAGGCAAAGCUUUCAUGUUAAGGGAUAGUGUGACAUAGAAGAGCUCAAUGAGUGUGCGGCUUGUUCCCAUGCAUGUGUCUUGAACUUGACAGUUUGAUGUGACCUCUCACAGGUCAGUGCUCCAGCUAGCAUCUCCUGCUCACAACUUGCCCACAUUUCUGAGUAGCUUUUCUGAAACAGACUUCCAACUCGCUCAAUGAAGGAUAUCCCGUUUGGUACACCCUUCUCAAGUUAGAACUGGCUAAUUAGAACUUGGCUUAAAAUAUUUGCAAGGAUGCAUUAUUGUCUUUUAAGAAAUACUGUGAUGGAGGAGGGGGAUGGAGUUUCUAUGUUGUGAUUGAACUUUAUACAGUCAGUCAGAAUUUGUAAACAGGGUAGCAUUCAGAUUUUUUCCCCUUCCAUAUAUACAAUAAUUUUUUAUAUAAAAGUGCAAUUUGUGUUGCAGCAAUCAGUGUUAAAUCAUAAGCAUAAGAUUUAACAACAGUUUUUAUAUGAAUGAAUGGAAUGAAUGUAAACAUUUUAACUUAAUGGUACGUAAAUAAUUUAAAAGAAAAAAGUUAAAAGUUAGGCAUCUUUAUAGGUUUUUUUUUAUUGCAACAAAAAUGUUCUACUUCUGUGUUUCUGAUUAUUAAAAAGUUUAAAGAACAAAUGUUUUCUCAGGAAAAAUUGACCCUAACUGUCUAUCUGGUCAUAAGCUUUUUAUAUAAAACUACACAUUCACCCCCACUAUCUUGCCACUGAAUAAAGUAUGUGCUAGAAAAAUAUCAUUUGUAUUGAAACUUUACUACCUAAUGGAUAAAGAUGUAAAUACUCCAUCAAAUACUUAAGCAUCUUUAAAAAAAAAAAAAAAGAGAGACGCAAUCUGUAUAAUGUAGCUGACCCAUAGCUAGGUUGGUUUACAUUUUUUAUAUUGAAAUAAAUGGGGUGUCAUGUGGAAUUUCAUCAGAGUUUAAAAAUAAAAGAAUGAUGUGUUUUCUGUACAA